AGCUGUGUGUCCUGAAGACAGGCUGCUCACAGAAAGGCGACUGCCCCAGAGUCCUGACUGACUUCAUGGGGAGCAGUUCCAGAGCAUCGCCCAGGGACUCCGUGACAAUGGCAAAGCGCUCGGGGUCCCUCUCCUGGGUAAGGUCAAGGUCCCAGCGUAGCCAGCACACUGAGGAGCUCCCGCUGGCCCAGCCCGGGGCAUUAUGGGAUUGUGCCGGUUGACUUGAGGAGGGAUGGUAAGAAAAUUAGCAGCUCUCACUGCCAUGUGAAUUGGCCCCUGCACACUUCCCAGCUCAGGGCAGCACCAAUUAAAGGGCAGAGGAGUCAGAACUGACACCUCUGCAAAUGGGGCUGGCUUUCCCAGGGGCCUCCUGCCUCAGCCCCAGCCAGGGCUCUGUGGGUUUUGACACCUCCAUGCAACCUGGGAAGGUGCCACUUCACACCUCCAGCCUCAGCAUAAAGCCUGGGACUGCUGCGCUCUCCCCACACGCAACCUGAGAAGCCCCAAGCCCUGACGCCAUGGCCAGCUGUCCUGCCCAGCUCCUAGCCCAGAAUCUCCAGCUGCUCCCGAGCCAGGCCCUGCUGCAGGAGUGGGGCUGGGCCCACUCAGCCUCCACCUCUCCCACCUCCUCCUCAGACUCCUAUAGCCUGUCCCCUUCUUCUACACUCCUGGCUUCCCAGGAGCCCCUCCACGGCUGCCUCCCGGGGCGAGCACCCGCUCUGCCCCCCAAGCACCGGGCGGAUCCCUGCCGCAGCAGCCAGAGGGCACAGGGCAGGGCAGGCGGCAGGCAGAGGCAGAGCGCCAGCGAGCGGGAGAAGCUGCGCAUGAGGAACCUGUCCAAGGCUCUCCACACCCUGCGACGCUACCUGCCCCCCUCGGUGGCACCGGCCGGCCAGAGCCUGACCAAGAUCGAGACCCUGCGCCUCACCAUCCGCUACAUCUCCCACCUGUCGGAGCUGCUGGGGCUCAGCGAGGAGACGCUGGCCCAGAGGAGAGAGGGCCCACGCCGGCGCUGCCAGCUGUGCCCCGAGGGGCUGGGUUGCUGCCAGGCCAGGACCCCUGGCCUCCAGGCAGCAUCUCCAGCCCCGUGGGAGGGGUCCCCCCCGGCCGCAGCAUCCUGGGUGUCGCCCACCUGCUGCCCUGCUGCAGGGACGUCCCCGGAGCUGGUUUGGACUCAAAGUGCUGGAGCAGCGUCCUGGAUGACACCCACCUCCUGCUCUGAAACAGGGACUCCCCCGGAGCUCCAUGGGGCCCAGAUCUCAGACUUAAUGGCCUGGGGCUCGCCCACCUCCCGCCCCAAGGCAGGGAGCCUUCCAGAGCCCCAUGGCACAGCAUCCUGGGGAUCCUGCACUGGCCCGGCUGGCCCCCCUGAGCCCAACGGGAUCGGAGCCACGGACACAAGGCACUGGACAUCGCCCACGCACUGCCCCCUGCUGGCUGCUUUCUACCAGGCAGGGCCCAUGUCUCCAGCCCUGGACUGGUCCAUUGACCCCAGCCCCCAGCCAGCCCACAGCCACCACUGGGGCAUCCCGGCCGAGCCGGCCCAGCAGCAGGAAUGGGGGGCCGCUGGCACUGAAGAGGUGAUGAGAAGCAGGACAUUGGCAACGUUGGGGUGCGGAGAUACGGGGCUCUUCACGGACUAGCGCUCAGGGCGGCAGCUCUGCUCUCAGCAGGUCCCUGCCCCGCACUUCACUCUGGCCGUGCCUGGCAGGGAAAUGCCUUCUGAU